UUGUGUAAAGGUACUCCUUUGCGAGGUUUGGAGAAGGUUUUUAACGUUUCGCCAUGCGGGGACGACAGCGAGUAGCAUCCAGGGAAUACAUAUAUGUGCAUGAUAAAGAUGAAAAUUCAGCUUCAGUGCGUGUACCAAAUGUCAAACCUGGUUGGCGGCGCACUUUGCCGCAUGUAAUAGUGGCUUCUCUUUCUUCAUUCUUGUAUGGCUACCAUAUUGGAGUAGUUAAUGAAACCUUAGAGAGCAUUUCUAUAGAUCUCGGCUUUAGUGGGAAUACAAUGGCUGAAGGUCUUGUAGUAAGUAUGUGUUUAGGAGGGGCUUUUGUUGGAUCUUUAUUCAGUGGGUGGAUUGCAGAUGGGAUUGGGCGUAGAAGAAGUUUCCAGUUGUGUGCUUUGCCUAUGAUCAUUGGGGCAGGAAUGAGUGCAACAGCGAAAACCCUAUGGGGCAUGCUUUUGGGAAGGUUAUUUGUUGGUACUGGAAUGGGACUUGGCCCACCUGUUGCAGCUCUUUAUGUCGCUGAGGUCUCACCUCCAGCUGUACGGGGUACUUUUGGGGGCUUAACUCAGAUUGCAACAUGUCUUGGACUCAUGGGUGCUCUCUUUAUUGGAAUUCCAGCCAAGCAAAUAGUGGGUUGGUGGCGGAUUUGUUUCUGGGUAUCUGUCAUUCCUGCUACAGUACUUGCCCUUUUCAUGGAAGUCUGUGCAGAGAGUCCUCAUUGGCUUUUCAAGAGAGGAAGAACCAUUGAAGCUGAAACUGAGCUUGAGAAGCUCUUGGGAGGAGUACAUGUGAAACCUGCAAUGACUGAAUUGUCAAAGUCUGACAGAGGUGAUGAGUCUGAUACAAUAAAACUCUCGGAGUUACUAUAUGGCUGCCAUUCUAGAGUGAUGUUCAUUGGAUCUACGCUUUUUUCUUUGCAGCAGCUAUCUGGCAUAAAUGCUGUUUUCUAUUUCUCCUCAGCUGUCUUUGAAAGUUUUGGUGUACCAUCUGAUCUUGCAAACACAUGUGUAGGAAUUUGCAAUUUAUUGGGGUCAAUUGUUGCAAUGAUUCUAAUGGAUAAACUUGGAAGGAAAGUGCUUCUCCUGGGUAGCUUUUUUGGCAUGGCUGUAGCAAUGGGUGUUCAAGUCAUUGCUGCAAGUUCUUUUGCAUCAGGAUUUGUAGCGAUGUACCUAUCUGUUGGUGGCAUGUUGCUAUUUGUGAUGUCAUUUGCUCUCGGUGCUGGUCCAGUUCCUUGUCUCCUCAUGUCCGAAAUACUACCUAGCAAGAUCAGAGCCAAGGCAAUGGCAAUUUGCUUGGCUGUGCAUUGGGUGAUAAACUUCUUUGUUGGUCUAUUAUUUUUGCGCUUGCUGGAGCAAAUUGGGCCACAACUCGUGUAUACUACUUUUGGUUCAUUUUGUCUGUUGGCUGUGAUUUUUGUGAAUAAAUAUGUUCUGGAAACAAAAGGGAAGUCACUUCAGGAAAUUGAGAUUGCACUUCUUGCACAAGAAGCAACCUAAAUGAGAACUAAAGAGGCCAUAUCAUAUGGAUGAGGAAAGUUUCUGCAUUCUGCAUCUGUGGUCCAGUUUUAGGAGCCUUUUUUUCUUUUUCUUUUUUGUUAUCAUCCCAUGCUAGAGUUGGAGUCUUUCAUUGAGUGCUCACUAAAAGGCAUUUGUAAAUUUGAGAGUUUUCCUUUUUACGUAAGAUUGGUGAGCACAUUAUGUGGCCA